UAAUUUUUUUUUCUGUAAAUUAUUUAAAAUAAUUAAUUGAAAAUAACCGAUCCAAUUAAAUAUUGUUUCACUACAAAAAUACGGAUUAGAUGGAAUAAACAAAUAUACCUUUUAGUUGGAGAUGCCCUAAUAUACCUAACACGUUUCUUAGAUAUAUUUUAUGCUGUGGAUGAGAUGAGAUAAUCCUUCACAGUUCACACGAGUCGAUGAGUCAAUUCCACGUAAGUUCUGUACUCUUUCUAAUUAUUUCCCUGUUUUAUAAUCACCCAAUUCCACGAGUGGAUGUGAAAAACACAACAGAUUAAGAACUCCACAAAUCAGUUCUAGUUCUAAAAGACACCCACCACUCAAUUCGUUUUUGCUUAUUUGGCAGAUAAUUAUCAAAAUACAAAAUCUUCCAAAUAAUUAAUAACUGAUAAGUAUAUUUUUGUUUACUUUCCCAUGUGGCAAAAAAUAAACAAGUAUCAAGCGAAAAUGAAAUUGAUCCUGAAGAAAAUAAACAAAAAAUAAAAACAAAUCUAAUUUCUAGACCAGAAAGUGCCACCGUGUGACCACAAUUUAUGUGUAUGAGAAAUUAUUUUUUUUUGUUUAAUAUUUUAUUUCCUACCACACACAGAAAAUAAAAUAGGUAAAUUAUUUCCAAAAAUAAAAAUAAAAAUACUCCUAAUAUUUGAGGCUUAGGAAAGACAGAUGGCUCAAAAGCAAACGGUCUUCUCGUUCGUUCGGUGACUUCACCCAUGCUUAACUGACAGAACGCCUACGUUUCGCCGCGAAAAAUGAAGCCACAACCCCACACUCACAGUGGCUUCGACCUUGGUAGACCACUCUACAAUAUAAAUUCUAGGAAUCUCAGAGAAUUUGUCCCGGCAACCCUAUUUUCUGGUCGAUUUUCCGGCGUGAAGCUGCGGCAACAUACCAUUCGUCCGGUUUUAUGUUGCCUUAACCAACCUGAAAAUGAGAAUUUCUCCAGUGGAUCUUCCCGGAGUGAGGCGUACUCGAGACGACAUGUGCUACUCGCUCCGUCUCUGGCGCUCGGAGCGUGGUUUCUGCAAUCGGCGAUGGCGAGUGGAGAGGAUGCACUGCCGAAUUCGCAGACGCCGCAGCCACAGCUGCAAACGAAUGUGACGGAAGUGGCUCCGAAAAUUGAGGUGGAGGCGGAGAAGAAGAAGGAAGAGGAGGAGAAGGUUAUGAAUGCAAGGAUUUACGAUGCGACGGCGAUUGGAGAACCGAUGGCGGUGGGGAAGGACAAGAAGAAGGUGUGGGAUAAGCUGAUGAACGCUCGGAUUGUGUAUUUAGGGGAAGCAGAACAGGUUCCGAUUCGUGAUGAUAAGGAGUUGGAGCUUGAAAUCGUAAAAGGUUUGAGAAAUAGGUGUGUGGAAAUUGAACGCCCCAUAUCUUUGGCUCUGGAAGCUUUUCCUUCUACAAUGCAAGACCAACUCAACCAGUAUAUGGACAAAAGCAUAGAUGGUGAAACCUUGAAGUCUUACACAACACAUUGGGCACCUGAGCGCUGGCAGGAGUAUGAACCUCUUCUAAGUUACUGUCGUGAUAAUGGAGUUAGACUUGUUGCUUGUGGUACUCCUCUCAAGGUUUUGCGGACUGUACAAGCAGAAGGUAUUACUGGACUUUCAAAGGCUGAUCGCAAGAAAUACACUCCUCCAGCUGGUUCAGGCUUCAUUGCAGGCUUUACUUCUAUCUCACGUGGGUCACUGGUUGAUUUAAACUAUCCAAAUCAAUCUAUUCCUUUCGGCCCAAGCUCCUAUCUAUCUGUUCAAGCUCGAGUGGUGGACGAUUAUGCCAUGUCCCAAAAUAUCUUGCAAGCCAUGGUGGAUGGAGGAACCACAGGUAUUAUAGUAGUGGUUACAGGGGCGAGCCAUGUUGCAUACGGGUCCAGAGGUACUGGGGUGCCUGCAAGAAUUUCAAAAAGGAUACCAAAGAAAAACCAAGUGGUUGUAUUACUUGACCCUGAAAGACAGCAAAUAAGAAGAGAGGGAGAAGUUCCGAUUGCUGACUUUUUGUGGUAUUCUGCUGCCAGACCUUGCGACAGGAACUGUUUUGACCGCGCUGAAAUUGCUCGAGUUAUGAAUGCUGCUGGCAGUAGACGAGAUGCCCUCCCUCAGGACCUUCAAAAAGGACUAGAUCUUGGUUUGGUAUCUCCGGAGGUAUUACAAAAUUUCUUUGAUUUGGAGAAGAAUCCUCUUAUGUCUGAACUCACUCAUCGCUUCCAGGGUUUCAGGGAAAGACUGUUGGCAGAUCCUAAAUUUUUGCACAGAUUAGCUAUAGAAGAGUCUAUCUCUAUAACUACAGCUCUUAUAGCACAAUACGAAAAGCGGAAAGAAAAUUUCUUUCAAGAGUUGGAUUACGUUAUUACAGAUACUGUAAGGGGAAUAGUUGUUGAUUUUUUUACAGUAUGGCUUCCUGCGCCAACUCUAUCAUUCCUUUCGCCAGCAAAGGAAAUAAAUGGCCUUGAUAGCAUGGACACUAUUACAGACCUCCUUGGAUCCAUUCCUGAUAAUGCAUUUCAAAAGAGUCCUGUUGGAAAGUACUGGAAUAUCAAUCAUAGAAUUGCAUCAGUUGUUUUUGGUGGUUUAAAGCUUGCUAGUGUUGGAUUCGUUUCCAGUAUUGGGGCUGUUGCCUUCUCAAAUGUUCUGUAUGGAUUUCGCAAAGUUCUUAAUCCAGAAGUUGUCAAUAUAGAACAAACUAAAAGAUCUCCAAUACUAAAAACAGCUGUUGUUUACUCGGGCUUUCUUGGAAUCUCAGCAAAUCUUCGCUAUCAGUUUAUCGCUGGAAUUGUGGAGCACAGAAUUUCUGAUGAAUUUCCAUCUCAAACAAUAUUUGUAAAUUUGCUGUCAUUUAUUGCUCGGACGAUCAAUUCCUACUGGGGAACUCAGCAAUGGAUUGAUCUCGCUCACUAUACAGGACUGCAGUCUCGGGCAAAGGAAUUACCCUCUUUACAAAAUUCUGAUUCUCCUAGUCACGUCGCAUUGGAAGGCAAUACCACAGAAGAAACCAAUAUAGAUGAGAUAAAAAAUCAGGAAGGUGAUAAUCCCAUUUUAUAGUAGAGCCACAGUUUUUUUUUUUUAAGUUAAUUUUUUUCCCUCCUUCCCUUCAUAUACUAAUGAAAAGAGGGAACAUGAAACGUGAAACAGAGCAGCCCUUGUGUUAUAGAACUCUAAAUACCCAAUUUUUGUAUACAUUCAAUGCAAUUAUUCCAAUUUUGAUGAAAAUAUAUAGAAAGUUGUAUCUCGCUA